AUGGCUUCUGCUGCUAAGAUCCUUCAUCACACCAUGAUGACUGGCAAUUCAAGCCAUGGAGAAUUGGCACUGGAACCCCUAAUUAUGUGCAAGCUGUGUCUCUGUGAACACCCUCUUAAUAUGAUGACCACCCUUCGGGACUGCAGCUGCAUUUUCUGUACUGUGUGCCUCAAACAAUAUGUCCAGUUGUCAGUUCGUGAAGGAUUUGGUUCUCCAAUCACCUGCCCAGACAUGGUGUGCCCAAAGAGGGGUCUCCUUCAGGAAGCAGAGAUUGCUUGUUUAGUAACCAUUGAUCAGCUACAUUUGUAUCAGCGGCUAAAGCUUGAGCGAGAAGUCCAUCUUGACCCCUGCAGAACAUGGUGCCCAACAGCAGAUUGCCAAACAGUUUGCCUGGUGGAAGAUACCGAUUCUGAUAUGCCCAUAUCUGUGGAAUGCCGUGUUUGCCUUAUGAAAUUUUGUUCUGUAUGCAAAAAGUCUUGGCACCCUGAACACUUAUGUCAGGAAAACGAGCCUGAAGUAGUUCAACCUGAGAAAGGGUCUGCCUGUACAGAUGUAGAUGCUUGUAUCAAGCAAUGUCCUGUGUGUCAUAUUUACAUUGAGAGGAAUGAAGGCUGUGCACAAAUGAUGUGCAAAAACUGCAAACACACAUUCUGUUGGUACUGCUUGCAAAAUCUUGAUAAUGACAUAUUUCUGCGGCAUUAUGACAAAGGUCCCUGCAGGAAUAAACUCGGACAUUCAAGAGCCUCAGUCAUGUGGAAUAGAACACAGGUUGUGGGGAUCCUAGUUGGCCUUGGUAUCAUUGCUAUUGUGACAUCACCCUUACUACUUUUGGCAUCACCAUGCAUUAUUUGCUGUGUCUGUAAAUCCUGCAAAGGAAAGAAGAAAAAGCACAGCCCAGCACCAAGCGCUUAG